AAACGGGAUUCCGGCUGGGCGAGCCGCAGGACGGCAUCACCGGGCAUCCCGCGGCUGCGGAGCCCCGGCGGAUCUGUCAGGUCCCCGCUGUCCCUCCCCGCACACACACGCUCAAGCCCUACCCGGAAAGCAGGAAAAAUAAUUUACAAGGUUUCCCCCUUUUCCUUAGCUCCUCGCCCGUGGCUCCCUAGUGGAAAAAUCGCUCCUGGGGCGAAGGGGAGGGGGGUGUUUGGUUAAAAAAAAAAAAAAAAAAAGCCGGUGGUGAAGGGGGAGAGCCGCUCCGUGGGGAGGGCACCCCCCAAGGCAGCGGGCAGCCCCCCACCCGCCCCCGGGGGGGGAUGAGGUAGAGGCCGGCGGCGGAGCGCCCGCCGGGCGCCGUGGCCGCGGAGGGCAUGAGGCGGCGAGCGGCGAGGAUGGGCGCCAGCGCACGGUGCUAGAGCCCCGGCGGCAGCCAAGGUCUGAGAGGACGGUAGCCUGUACGAUACGGAGGGAUCUGGUUUUCAAAAUGGAAUUGCAGCUCGCGCUGCUUUUUGCAGGGAUAAUUGCAUUUUCGGACUCAGCGAGAGGUCCCCCAAGGAUUGCCGAUAAAGUGAUUCACCGGCAGUCCGUGAGGCUAGGGAGGACCAUCAAGCUCCUGUGCCCAGUAGAGGGUGACCCCCCACCUCUCACCAUGUGGAUGAAGGAUGGACGCACUAUCCACAGUGGCUGGACGAGGUUCCGGAUCCUUCAGCAAGGGCUGAAAAUCAAGGAGGUAGAAAGCGAAGACGCGGGAACCUACAUUUGCAAAGCCACCAAUGGCUUCGGCAGCACCAAUGUGAACUACACCCUCAUCGUGAUUGAUGAUGCCAGCUCAGGAAAGGAUAGCCAGGUACCUGAAGGCUCCAAUGGAGAAUAUGAAGAUCAUUCUGGGAAGCAAUGGGCCCGCCCCAGGUUCACACAGCCUGCCAAAAUGAGACGGAGAGUGAUCGCCCGUCCUGUCGGCAGCUCCAUCCGCCUGAAGUGCGUGGCCAGCGGGAACCCACGGCCUGACAUCACGUGGCUGAAGGACAACAAGCCCCUCACGCCCCAAGAGAUUGGGGAGAACAAGAAGAAGAAGUGGACGCUGAACCUGAAGAACCUGAAGCCAGAGGAUAGUGGGAAAUACACCUGCCGAGUGUUUAACAAAGUUGGAGAAAUCAACGCGACAUACAAAGUUGAAGUAAUCCAGAGGACGAGGUCCAAGCCCAUCCUGACAGGGACGCACCCCGUCAACACGACGGUAGACUACGGUGGGACCACGUCCUUCCAGUGCAAAGUCCGCAGCGAUGUCAAACCCGUCAUCCAGUGGCUGAAAAGGGUGGAGUAUGGCACAGAGAGCAAGUACAACUCAACCAUCGACGUUGGGGGACAGAAGUUUGUUGUGCUGCCCACGGGGGAGGUCUGGUCCCGUCCCGAUGGCUCCUACCUGAACAAACUGAUGAUUACUCGAGCCAAGGAAGAGGAUGCAGGGAUGUACAUUUGCCUAGGGGCAAAUACCAUGGGCUACAGCUUUCGCAGUGCUUUUCUCACAGUCCUGCCAGAUCCCAAGCCUCCGAGUGCACCUGUGCCCCCUUCCUCGGCCAGCAGCCUUCCCUGGCCCGUGAUCAUCGGCAUCCCAGCCGGAGCAGUCUUCAUUUUUGGGACGAUCCUCUUGUGGCUUUGCCAGACCAAGAAGAAACCCUGCUCCCCACCAGCUGCUGCCCCCGUACACCGGCCGCAGCCCCGGGACAGGAUCUGUGUCUCCCAGGUCCCCGACAAAGACUGCAUCUCCUCCAUAAACUAUGAGGAAUAUGUCGCCCAGCAGCAGCAUUUACUGUCCCAAGGGCCUGCACUCGCCCCGGCCAUGGCAUCCAAAAUGUACCCAAAGAUUUACACGGACAUCCACACUCACACCCACUCGCACGUGGAAGGCAAAGUCCAUCAGCACCAGCACAUUCAGUACCAGUGCUAAGAGGGCGGCCGUGUACAGUAGCUCGUUUGGGCUUUUCCUCGUGGUACCUCAGAAAAGACUGCUCAAGUCAGCUCACACUGCCAGCAAUAGGCAAAGCAGACAGAAAAGAUUAUAUAUGUAAUUUUAAAUAUAUAUACAUAUAUAUAAUUGUAUAUGCGUGUGUGUAUGUGUGUAUAUAUAUGUGUAUAUAUCUAUAUCUAUCUAUAUAAAUAUAUAUAUAAUAGAGAAAGACAGAGAGAGAAAAGAGAUUUUUUUUUUUUUUAAUUAUUGCAAUCAGGAUGUAGCCAAGGAAUAAUGAAGGAACUCCACAUCUCAGCAGAGAGGCAGCCAUCCCCAACAGCGGAGCCUUCCCGGAUUUUUGAAUCAAGGUGGCAACAAGUGAGACAGGACACAGGGAUAUGAACCACCACCUCCUUCCUUGUGUUGCUAAAAGGAACAAGAAGAGCAAGAGGCAAAGGUGGUGCUUUUCCAGACAGGCACCGCUGUUCCUGUGCCUGCUGCACAUCACUUAUUUCGGUGGGAAGCCCCCAAGACUAUCCCACUCAGGAGCAUGCCGGAGAGCCUGUUCCCUCUGAGUGACUCGAGCUCUAACGUACCUGAGGUUUAGUGCCAAACCAACUCACCUCUUCCAGGGAAAAAAAAAUAAGGCAAGAGGGUCUGGAAAAAUGAAUUUCUAUUCAUGAUGUGAAAUGCUGAAUGCUUCUCAAUCGCGGUCGUUUGGUCUGAAAUGCUAGCUGAGCUGGUUUGUUUGAUUUCUGCAACUUGAAGGCAUCGUGUUUCCCAUGGGGGAUUCUGCAGAUCAAACCACAAGUGCUCCACUCCCUGGUCCUAGGACUCAGUGCCACUGCCAGGAUAAAGGAAAGAAGGAAAAAGGAACAUUGUACAGAACACCUUUAUAUUUAUAUUUAAGAAAUAAUAAUAAUUAAUAAUAAUAAUAAUAAUUGAACUGCUGAUGAUGAAGAAAGCAAAACACGCUGUACUUUGAUGGCUCACAGUGACAAGCUACUGGAUUUUCUACAUCAAUGCAAAAUACAUGAACAUAUUAGAAAAAAGAGUAAGAAACAAAGAGAAUGAAAUAAUAAUCUUGUAGGAAAAAAAUGCAUUUGGGAAAUAUUCACCUAGGUUGUGUGUGGUUGUCCCGUCCCCUCAAAUAACGUUUUGGAAAUGAUACAACUUAUUGCAGUUCAAACAACAGUAAGAAGAGAAAAUAAUUAAGGACCAUAUUAAAUACCUAUAUGGACUGGAAAUGAAUCAAUUGCAAAUAUAAAACCUUUGUAAUUCUAUAUAGAGUUUAAACAGAAGUCAUGUAUAUUUAAUUUAUUUUGUUAAACAAGAAAAAAUGUAUGAUAUUUUCCUUGAAACAGGCAUUUCUAUACGUAUUUUUGAUCAAAGAAAAUAAAGAUUUUUUUUUUCAGGUUCUAUAGAUGCCAUGCUCAGAAUAUGCUCCAUGUAGCAUGUGACCAACCGUACUUCUAACCUGGAGGUCAUCUGUCUGUAUCUCUUUUCACACUAGCCACGUGUAAUCUGCUAAUGCCAUCUCAUGUACUGCUGGUGCCAUCCUUUCCAUCAAAAAAACGGCCUUUUCCACUGUUUAGAUUCUGACUGUGAGGGUCUGCAGUGGCCAGAUCACUUCUCAUGGACCCCUUGUCAUCUUCAGCAGCAAAGCUCUCUGCUCACAGAGAAAUCUGUUUCACUAUGCAUUUUUUUGGGGGGGUGGAGGAAGGAGGUUGCAUUUGUUUUUUAAGCACAAACCUGCAGUGGAUUUCCUUUUUAAAGGAAAUUUUGUAAAUCACAAGAUAAUAAUUAGUGAGCUUGUAAAAUGAACUUUGGCCUGAGGGUGCUUGAGGGGGAGAAAAUAAAUAUGAAAUGUAGGUGAAACACUUCAUUUGUAAAUGCAGCUGCUGAAGGAGCCAGUGGAGGGUGAGUUGGGUGCAGUAAGAGGAGCACGUGGGGAGCUGCUCCCCUCCAGGAGGGUUCCCACCUUUGUUUUGCCGCAUGCCAAGGAGAGGCACCCAAUCCUUUAGUGGCCAAAAUUUUCUCUAAAGAAGGCAGGUUCAGCAGUGCUGCAACUGUUUGCUGUUCACUUGAGUUUCACUUAAAGUUUGCUGGUAAAAAAAAACAGAAAAUUUGAACCAGGCCAAUUUUUAAGUUUGAAAUUACUUCUUUCUCAAGCCUAUUCCGCGAAAGAGUUCUUCAGCAAAGCAGCUGCUCUGUUUAAAAGUGAAACACUUCAUUUAACCCGAAACAAAACACUGCUUUAAGCUUUGCUUUUCUCUGAACUUUUCUGAAGGUAUUUGCUCAGGGUUGACCUGCGGUGAUUUUUCUGCUGGCUUGUUUGAAUCACCAGCAAAACCAAACAGUUCCCUGUUUGCUCAGCCGUAGUGCUGUGAGAUGGGGCCCCGAUUCAGCAAAGCACAUAAGCUCCUGCUUUCCUUCACCAACACAUGCCGCUCCAAAAAGUCCUUUUUUUGCCUUAGCCACCUGGAUCAGUGGCUCCAUCCCUGCCCACUGUGCCAGUGCUGGCUGGAGCCAUCUGAUAAGUCUGGGAAGGGGAGGAGAAGGAGGAGGAGAAGCAGGAGGAGAAGUAGAAGAGAGAGACCUUCCUACUCGCAUGGAGGUUACCACUGGCACUGUUGCAAUAAAGCUCUGCAUAGCACACUCCUCUGCUGCUUUCCUGUAUGCUGUAGUAGGAAAUCCAUGUUACAACCUCUACAGGAAGACCAUCCCUCGCAAUGAUCAUCCUGUAGAGGUUAUAAUACAGGAACUCAUUGCUAAUCUUUUUUUUUUUUUUUUUUUUUGGAGGAGGGUUCAGCUACACUUUGCUAACACAAAUUUAUGAAGUCCAUAAAAGCAAAAUUCAGAUCACGGAUAUCUUUGUAUGCAUCCUCCCAGUUUCAGGGAGUCUUAAAUACGAGCACUGAGGGCUCUGUUCAGAUAUAAGGCAUGAUUUAGGCAGGAGUUCUUAAUGGCUGUAGUUUAUUGAGUCAUUUCAUUAAAAAAAAAUAUCUAAAAAGCCUUUAUAUACUAAGUGCAUCACCUUUAUUUUAAGAAGGCAGUAAGUGGAUGCUUCCAUGAGAGAUACUAAGGGCUACAUGUCAUAUCUCAUACCUAUGAGAAGCUACUUACUGCACCAGAGCCUGUACCGAGCUCCUGCACAUUCCAGCAGCACUAGGGGCAUGGCAGAGGGCAGGGUUCACCUGUAAGCCUGCAGCCCUCCUCUGCUCUCUGUGCCAGUGCUGCAGCGCGAGGACACUUCUAACACGUGCUGUGACAGCAGUACUGAUACCGGCUUCAAAGGUGGAGGUGAACGCUGGUUUUGUACGGUUCAGCCAUAAGCAAACCCUAAGAGACUGCCCUAUGGUAUGUUUUCAAAUGGCAGCUAUAUUGCUGAGGGAGGAUUAGUGGGUUAAAAGAGGUAAUCCUGCAUUUCCCAUACAGCACAAUCUUCCACGCUGAACAUAAUGCUCUCCACCAGUGCCUUCUACCCUUCGUUAUCCAGCUCCAUAGUGUUGUAUCAUGCAAUCAAAAACUUUACGUAUAGCCAGAUAUGCAGAAGGAAUGGCUUCUUCCUGCCCUUUAAAGCUCCUGCCUUUAGACAUAAAUCUCUAGUGAUGCUGAUAGAGAGAUUUCCAAAGGUAAACACUGCAGUAAAACCACCCAGCAUGGACUAUGCAAUGGCCGAGUGCAGCUGCAGCUCAGCCGCGGCACUGAGAAGACAGCUCUGGUUUUGGAUGCGCCAUGUGAGAUGCUAUAAAAGUCUUGAUUUGCAGAAAGCUCAGGGUGCUCAUCCUGCCUUGGGUGUCAGCUCCCUCUUCAGCAUCUCCUGCUGAGCACCCAAACUGGUGUGAAAUUUCCCCCUAGGAAAGUAUCAUCUUAUGCCCUGUUUAAGUGGGUCUGUACAUAUUGUCUGGGCCUUGUGCUGGCUUGCCAUGCCUGGGUGGGUGUUUUGAGGAGUUGUUUUGCCUCCACAGGGUAUCUGUAAGUGCUUUUAGGAGUCACUCUGCCCCAUGCCCUACUGCACACCAUUUAUUUUUAGGGCUUGACUGUGCCUUGCAUGUACUGCAAAGUCUUCCUUAGUCUAAAUAAAUUCAGUCAGGUACUGCUUAUGUUUGAAUUUGCUUUUCUUCAGUGGGACAAGAUUUGGACUUAUCUGCAUUCUUGAACAGAGGGUGUUUGAAAAGAAAACCAUAGUCUUGCAAUUAGCUACUGACCCUAUUUUGAACACAGAAGAUUUUUAUGUUAUAUAUAAGUAUGCAUAUAUAUAUAGGCAUAUAGAUGUACAUGCCAGGCUGUCAUACAGAAGGCAUUUGUACUUUUAAAGCCAUGGGGCUUCAAAGAUCAAAGGAAUUUUAGCCUUCAAACUCACCAGCUUUGUUUAUUUUAUUUGCAUCAGACAUGGCCUUACAUGCCAGUUUGUGUGUGGCAUUUUUAAACUCUGUAUAGACAAUAAUUGUAUGGUCGGUCCCUUUCAAACUGAAAACUUUUAUCAGACAUUUAAAAUAAAAAGUGUCAUGUGAUUUUCAAUCAGUGGCAAACAAGGUAACUGAAUACAUCAAAACGAGGCAGGAUGGAAGAGCGCGUGUGUGUGUGGCUGUGGCUGUGUAAUACAAGUUACAGAAGAAAAGAAAGGAAUAAAAGACUGGAAUUGUGUUAAUAGGCGAUAGAGUUCUGUAAAAUUACUAUCUUUUGAAGGAAAGGAUAGCUGUCUGUGUGUACGAGGGUGUGCACGUGUGUGUGUUUGCAUACAUCAGGAAUAUGUGCUGGCAAGACAAAGCAGACAAUAUUGCAAAAUUACCUUUGCACUGCAGCUUGGUCUGAUAUUUUGUGUAGGUGCUGUGAAUCCGGCAGAGGCGUUAUUUUUUUAAUGGCUUGGAAAAGUUUUCUAGUUUUUAGUGAGUAGGGACUAUUUUUGCUCUCUUCACCUCUAGAGCCAAAUGCCAUAGUUACACCAGGAGCCAAACUGCAAUUAGCAAGAGGAAAUUUUGGGGUCCCUGGAGCUGAUUGCCAAACUCCGGUGCCUGGAGUGGAGCAAGGAUUUCAGGGCCAAGCCCAGCACCUCCGCCCCUUCGAGGCGAAUGUGUGAGUGUCUCUCUACUCACCCC